AUGCUGAGCGCCGGUUGGUCCCUGUUGCAUCCCAAAUGUGCCUCUAUCCCAGAAGCGCUUCUGGGAUGGAGUGCAUCUGGGAUAGGCCAUCAGUCCCCCAGGCUGUUUGGGAACGCAUCAGGAGGAGAAUAUCAUCUGCGAAUAGUAAACGUCACACGGGAGGAUGCAGGGGACUACAGAUGCGUCCUGGCAGGUCGAGAACACAUGUUGGUAUAUUCCGAACUGAAUGUAAUAGUUCCAGUUCCCGACCCCCCUACUUUGACUGGUCCGGAAACGCCAUUGCGAGUAGGCCAAGAACUGGUGUUGAAAUGUGUGUAUACUCAAGGAUAUCCAAUAGCACAGUUAUCAUGGUACAAUGGUACGGACCUGAUUACAAAUAUCAACUUCGUCGAAGGAAUAGGACUAUCCCUCGGACCGAAUGGUGAACGUAUAGAGGAAAGUACCAUUUAUUUCCGGAACAACGUGACCAAGUAUGACAACGGCGUGAACGUGACCUGUAGAGUGAGCCAAUCCGAAGGCGGCAUCACCAUUGAGAAGGAAUCCUGGAAAGUUCUGACUGUCCACUACCCUCCGACUGUAGUUGUUCCCAGAGAGCAAGUCAGAGUCUUCGAAGGUAAAACUGCAGCCAUAACCUGCCAGGUCGACAGCAACCCUACUGCGGUCAUCACAUGGAUCAAGCUGGGAGAUAACACUACUGUUCUGCAGGGAAACCUUGCUAACAGAAACCAAACUCUCGUCAUUCCUCGCGCAUCCCAACGAGACGAGGGGACAUACCAGUGCUCUGCGGAGAACGAUCUGCCUCCUAAGGCAGUCGGGACUGUACAAUUUUUUGUAGACGUUAAACCCUAUGAUACGUACACUCGUGACGUCGCUAUCAUCACUAUCUCCGUGGUUGCUGCUGUGACUCUAGCGGCAAUAGUUGUAGUCAGCAUCAUCGUGGUAAAGAAAAAGGGGUGAAUUUGAUGUCUAAUCUAAUUUCAUCUACCUGUUGUAUGUCGGCUGAAGUUGGAUGACGUCCACUGGGGUCAUAUAAAAGUGGCUUAUAGAAAGAACAAGCAGGCAAAUUUUAGGUUCAUUUUCACAUAUUCUGUAGCCUUGAUACCAUCCGGAAAGUAGUUCGCUCUGACGUUCAUUACAUACUAUAUACAGUCGCUUCUAGCUCUGAUAUUCAUUAUACACAAUAUUAUAUAUUAAGAAUUUCAAGAACGAAUAAGAAGAAAUGUCAAGAAUAGCACACUUCCCUUCAUUGUAUCAUUGUUAAAUGGAUCUUAAUGAAGUUUUUAAGUAUUGUUUUAUGUAUCAUACACCAAUUCAGCCUUGUAUGGCUGCAAUGAUAUGUACAUGUAUAUACGCACUUGUUUUUUGUUUAAGUGUGACCAAUCGUUCACUGUGGAACAUGUACAACCAGCUGCGCCAUUGCCUUCGAAGCUGGUGUGUUACACCAGAGGGUGGUUGUAUAUAAUUAUACUUGCUAUACAUAUACAGAAGCUGAUGUGUUACACCAAAGGGUGGUUGUAUAUAAUUAUACUUGCUAUACAUAUACAGAAGCUGAUGUGUUACACCAAAGGGUGGUUGUAUAUAAUUAUACUGGCUAUACAUAUACAAAAGCUGAUGUGUUACACCAUAGGGUGGUUGUAUAUAAUUAUA